AUGAUUACUUGAAUUUGGCCUCAAUUUACAUGAAAACUUCAGCAUUAGGAAGUGGCUUCGUUCUCUUAGCUAACAGAGCCGCCCGUAAUUUCCAUCUAUUGUUUGAGCGCUUCUUAUCUUAUAAUAUCUCUGUUGGCACAGACUCUUCAACCAUUGCCACUGCUCUUUCUCUCUCUGAAAAUGCAAGAUCUUCCAUUCUUGGUGCUCAAGUACAUGGUCAUAUUUGCAAGUUGGGGUUCACUUGUGAUACUUUCUCCAUGAAUAAUCUGAUCAAAAUGUACGCCAAAUGUGGGUUUAUGUGUGAAGCCUUUAAGGUGUUCGAUCAAAUGCCUCUGAGAAAUGUAGUAUCUUGGAGUUUGAUCAUUUCGGGCGCGGCCGAGGAUGGUGGGUUUGAAUUCUGCUUGGGGACUUUUUUGGACAUGAUGAGGGGUGGAUUGAUGCCUAAUGAGUUUACUCUUGGUAGCGUUAUGAAGGCGUGCGCGGAUGUUGGAGCCUAUGGAUUUGGUUUGAGUGUUCAUUGUCUUUGUUGGAAACUUGGGAUAGAGCAGAAUGUUUUUGUGGGUGGUUCAACUCUGAGCAUGUAUGCAAGAUUUGGGGAUAUUGCUUCAGCUGAGUUGGUUUUUGAAUCCAUGGAGAGAGUAGAUGUUGGUUUUUGGAACGCCAUGAUUGGAGGCUAUACUAACUGUGGCUUUGGCUUGGAAGCCUUGAGGGUUGUAUCUUUGAUGAAUAGUAAGAGUAUGAAGAUGGACAAGUUCACCAUUGUUAGUGCUCUCAAAGCGUGCUCGAUAAUUCGGGAUUUGGACUCUGGAAGAGAGCUUCAAGGAUUCAUGCUUCGACGUGGAUUAAUAUCCACCGUGGCAAUGAAUGCUCUCCUGGAUAUGUACUUGACAAAUGGCAGGAUGAACUCUGCUCUGAAAACCUUUAACAGUAUGCAAAGCAGAGACAUUAUAUCAUGGAAUACUGUAUUUGGAGGCUUCCGUGAUGAAAACAACAUGAAAGAAAUCGUGAACUUGUUUAGUGAGUUUAUGCUAGAAGGCAUGAAGCCUAACCAUAUCACUUUCUCGGCCUUGUUUCGGCAAUGUGGGACACUACUCGAUUACAAACUUGGGUUUCAAUUCUGUUCUCUUGUGGUACAUUUGGGUUUUCUUGAUGAACCUAGUGUGCUGAGCUCAAUAAUUAGUAUGUUUUCUCAAUGUGGGCUAAUGGAGAUGGUUCUCUCAGUAUUUGACUCUGUAGUUUUCAAACCUAUAUCUGUUUGGAAUCAGUUACUUUUGGCUUAUAGUUUGAAUUCUUCUUAUACGGAAGCCUUCAGAACCUUUUCCAGUCUAUGGAGAUUUGGUGUUGAAGCAAAUGAAUAUACUUACUCCAUCAUCGUAGAGAUUACAUCUAAAUCUGAGAUCCCAUGGAUGUGUAGACAACUUCAUUGUGCUGCAUUCAGGGUUGGUUUUGGUUCUCACAAGUAUAUUUCCUGUUCAUUGAUAAAAUGUUACAUCAAAAUAGGACUCCUUGAAAGUUCCUUUGAGAUCUUCAAUCAACUCGAGAGUGUAGAUAUCGCGACCUGGGGAGUCAUGAUAUCUGCCUUGGUUCACCAAAAUCAUACAUAUGAAGCCAUUAUGUUUCUGAAUAUUCUAAUGGAAUCUGGUGAGAAGCCUGACGAUUUUAUUUUCGGCAGCAUAUUGAAUGGCUGUUCUAGCAGUGCGGCUUAUCACCAAACAAAGGCAAUCCAUUCGCUUGUAGAAAAAAUGGGAUUUGGCAUCCAUGUGCAUGUUGCUAGUGCAGUCAUAGAUGCCUAUGCAAAAUGCGGGGAUAUCGGAAGCGCACAGCGAGCAUUCGAACAGUCAUGUCGAUCCAAUGACGUUAUUUUAUAUAAUUCUAUGAUCAUGGCAUAUGCUCAUCAUGGCCUAGCCUGGCAAGCAAUCCAAAUUUUUGAGAAAAUGAGGAUGUCUAAUCUCCAGCCUAAUCAGGCCACAUUUGUCUCAGUUAUUUCAGCCUGUGGUCACAUAGGUCUCAUAAAACAAGGACAUUCUCUGUUUCAAACUAUGAAAUCAGAUUAUAAUAUCAUACCGUCUCGUGACAAUUUCGGUUGCUUAGUCGACAUGCUGUCAAGGAAUGGAUUCCUUCAUGAUGCUCGGUAUAUAAUCGAGUCAAUGCCCUUUCCACCUUGGCCUGCUAUACUGAGAUCUUUGCUCAGUGGAUGUAGGAUCUAUGGGAAUAGAGAAUUGGGUCAAUGGGCUGCUGAAAAAUUACUUUCAUUGGCUCCCCAAAAUGAUGCAGCCUAUGUAUUGUUGUCAAAGGUCUAUUCUGAAGGGAAUAGUUGGGAAGAUGCUGCAACGAUAAGAAAUGGGAUGACAGAUAGGGGGGUUCUGAAAGACCCAGGAUGUAGCAGAAUAGAGAUAUAAAAAUAAUAUUCACUGGUUAAUCCUAAAAUAUUUCUGGCAGAACCUUCAAGUUUUUAGCGUUGCAUUUUUGUGAGAUUUUGAAACAAUAAAACGUAUUGUUUCAAAGCUGCAAAAACUCUCAUGGUGAAAUCUCGAGAUACUUUUCACUUGUUUUAGGACUCAACAAAAGUCUCUUUCCAAGAGUUGCCAUGGUUAUCAUCAAGGUUUUCCAGUGUACUAAAUUUAGUGAAGAGGCAAUCUAGCCAGACGAAAGCAUCGAACGUCACGUAUGUGCUUGCGUAGGAUGAUACGCUCAACUUUUUUUGUGAAGGAUGCAACCUCUCUUCUCUUGUUGAGAUGGACAAAUGGAAAGAUACGACUAAAACAUCAAUCAUAGCAGGGGGUGUAGGAUCGAACAUCGGAAGGCAGAUGAUGUCUUAUCCCACUAAGUUAUGUUCAGAUUGGUUCAAUGAUGUUCGUUAAGGGUUUGUGAGGUGCGAUUUUUGUUUUUCCUUGCAAGAGCUUUCAUCAGCACUAUUGGGCUAGCUAGUCUGUGGGUGAGAUGAGUUUUGGCUUCAAAAGCUGUGAAAUGACAGAGGAGGCUCCCAAAAUAUGGUGAGAAACAAGAUGGCUCUUUGCCAAACGACUUGAAUGAGGUAAAACACAAGUCAGAAAAAAUCUAAAAUAAGUUGGGUUUUGGGUUGGGCCUUUUGGACCUAGUCCAAUGAAAUUAGACUUGUUUCGGCUUCUCGUAUUGGGCUUAUGUGGGCCCACAUACUUCGGCCCAUGAUCGACCCAAAUUUAGAAUAUAUUGAUUUAUAUCCAAUCCAAAUGAUGGAUGAGUCGGGUCAAAUUGACUCGCCAAACUUUGAUGAGGCGAGUUUUGGUUGCUAUUCUUUUGUCUUUUUUUUUUUUGGUUAAAAAUUAUUACAAAAAUGUAAAAGAAAAAACAA